CAGAAACAAAAAAAAAAGAAUUGAUUGAUUUGUGUGAAUAAAAUUGAGAUUUAUCAAAAAAUUGUAGAAUUAGAAAUACCUUGCCGUUUACAAAUAAAUAAGGUGGAGGACGGUUUGCUUAGUUUAUAUAGAGGAUACUAAACGCACAUAAAAUAUGGUGAUAAUAAUUAAAUAUUAUAAAUAAGGGCUCGAGACGCGUGCCGUGCAAGUGGAUUCGGAUAUCUUCAUUUAAAGUCCAUAAAGUUUCGUUACUAUCGAGACUUUAUAAUGUCUGGUGAUCACAAAACCUUAAUUAAAGGUAGCCCGUCUCAGUACGUAAAGCUCAAUGUGGGUGGCACUCUGUUUUACACAACCAUAGGCACUUUGACCAAGAGUGACAAUAUGCUCAGAACUAUGUUUAGUGGGAGGAUGGAGGUGCUCACUGACUCUGAAGGGUGGAUACUGAUUGACCGUUGCGGCAAACAUUUUGGUACAAUACUGAACUACCUCCGCGAUGGCACUGUGGGCUUGCCUGAUAGCUACCGGGAGGUGAUGGAGCUGCUCGCUGAGGCCAAGUACUUCUUGAUUGAGGAGCUGACUGAGUCCUGCCAGCAGGCACUGGCUAAGAAGGAAAGAGAAGCGGAGCCAAUAUGCAGAGUCCCUCUUAUCACUUCACAUAAAGAGGAACAGCUUCUUAUCAUGUCCACUUCUAAGCCUGUUGUGAAGUUACUGAUCAAUAGACACAAUAAUAAGUACUCUUACACUAGUACUUCUGAUGAUAAUCUUCUGAAGAAUAUUGAAUUGUUUGAUAAACUUUCACUGCGCUUCAGUGGGAGAGUGCUGUUCAUCAAGGAUGUUAUUGGAUCCAAUGAAAUAUGCUGCUGGUCAUUCUUUGGACAUGGGAAGAAAUGUGCUGAAGUCUGUUGCACAUCCAUUGUUUAUGCUACUGAUAAGAAACAUACCAAAGUUGAGUUCCCUGAAGCAAGGAUAUAUGAAGAAACAUUGGGUAUUUUACUGUAUGAAAGCAGGAAUGGCCCUGACCAAGACUUGAUUCAAGCUACAUCAUCCCGCGGUGCUGUUGGUGGUCUCUCAUGCACCAGUGAUGAGGAGGAGGAGCGGUCGGGACUCGCCCGCCUCCGCAGCAAUAAACAGAACAAUCAGUCUUAGCGGUUACAAUCAGGCUUGGCGCGCCUUCGAAGCUCUAAACGGACAAAUGUCUGAUAUCAAGCCGGCUGUUACUUGCCCUGCUGCCGGCUGUCAUGCUUUGGACUGUGGAAUCUGUGGAUGUGACUGAGCUGUGCCAUUGUCUUUGUAGACCUUCGUCUUCAUCAAGCUCUCUUGGGAAUGUGCACACUGAUUCAUAGAAAAGUUUCUUGCUGGAAGCAUUUAUUAUAAUUACAAUGGACUUCAACUAAUGUUCUGUGUCUACGACAUAUCUUUGCAUGGGUAGUGUAUUGUUGUUGUCACGUUGUGUGAGGAGGUGUGGGGAAGAUGGAAUCAAAUAUUCACAUAUCUCUUUAUCUAGUUCAUGAUAUCUCCAGUAUACGAUUUUCCUCUGUACUUAGAAUGUUUGUGAUGUGUGACCACAAUGAAUACUGUAUGACAAUAGGAAAAAAAACAUGUCUUAUAUACAAUAACCUAUUCUACUACCUAGACAUUUUUAGUAACUGUAAAGCCCUUGUUCAGUACCUACACUUGUGAAAUAUCACAUUAGAUCACUUAUAUCGCUCAAGUGGUUUGCCAAAUUGAUGUUUACCUCUAAGUAAUAUGUGUUGUACUUAUAUCAUUACUAUGUAGUUCCUGUUUUUGAUAGAAUAUGAAAUGAUUACUCUGCCCGGUCAAAGGGAGUCAGUUUGGCACUUGGGGAAGUUAGUACUUUUCACUGCAAAUCUAGUCUACCACUCAUUUUACUGUAAAUGUGUGGGUGUUAAGUAUAUCAAUUCAUGUUUUGUUUUAACUAUGAGGCUGACUGUUAGCAGUAUUAAUGAUAUAUAUUCUAGGAUUGAAGAGUGAAUGUAGUUUUGUCUUUUAUCUAAAGUCUAGUAUUUAUAUUAUGAAAUCAUGCUCUUUCAAAAUUCAAUUUAAAAAGCCAAUGCACAAAAUCAGUACAUACCAACUUACUUUUCUUGUUAAUGCUAUGUUUUUAUUUUUAUUUUCAUGGUUAUAAGUACAAAUUCUAAUGAAGGUCAGCCUUUGUGAUUCUUGUAUUGUGACUAAAGUUCUGUUUGUAUGUAUACUAUCUAUAACUUGUUUAUUAUUUUAAGAGAAAUAUAUGCUCACGUUUAGCUGUCCAACUGUAAAA